AUGCUUGACAGACUACCCCCUGAGGUUCUUCUCAUAACACUAGAACCGGCUGACUUAUCACAGUACAUAACCCGCCAUGAUCUCAACAACAUAUGCCGUGUUUCCAAGCACCUCUACGCUAUUGCAGUUCCACUUCUGUACAAGUCUGUAACUUUAAUAUCCGAUAGACCUGGAAUCAGCGAGACAUGGCACCAUGUUGACUCCCUACUCCGAGCACCUGCUUUCCCAGUUGACUCGCUAGUGCACAUGAGAGAUAUCGAGAUUCAGGAAAACCGCUUCUGGCCUUGGUGGGGGUGUCACCACAGCUAUAGGAUAUUGGAGCAAGACGAUCCGGACGAUUACAAAGAAGCUAGAUUAAGAAGGGAUGAAAUACGCUAUCUGUCUUCCAAGUUAUUGCAUGUGUUUUCAAGAUGUCCGGCGGAUAGGCUACAAAGAUUUAGCUGGAACAUUGGCACAUGCUUACCUAGCAAAUUUCUCGGUGACUCUGGAUAUCUUAUACUAAAUCAGCGCAAGCUUGUAGCUAUUCAUCUAAGAACAGGUAGCUGUUGUGCCGCUGGCGGCAGUGAUAUCUUGCUAUCAAAGUUUGCGUGUUUAAGAACCAUCUCAUGGCCUGACCUAUCUUAUGAACGUCAUGUUCGUGAACUGUGUCUAGCACUGAAGUCGAAUGCGUUCCACCUUACCCGAAUGAACUUGGGAGUCACAAGUAUAUCUAGUGAUGAAGUAACGCAAUCCAUACAAUCAAUGCUUGCCAAAGAGAUCUUGGACAUGCAUGAUUGGAGAACAGCCUUUCGAUUUCCCGUUAUUCGAUAUCUUUCAUUGUCUUACUUGGAUCUGACACCGAUAUCCCACGUGCUUUCAUCUAUCUUCAACAUCUCCUCACUUCAAUCCUUGAGUCUGCGUUCAUGCACAUCCUGGGAGUAUGCCUUACUCAAUUUAACCAAUUCUGGAUCCAGGAUCGCCUUGAAGUCUUUGACACUGGAGACGUAUACGGAACGAACUGAAGAAGAUAGUAUUCUUGCAAUACCAGCUUUCCUUAAAUCAUUCGAGGGGCUAGAAGAGUUGUACAUCUUUGUCACUGGUUCUAUAAGCCCAGUCCCUGUAUGGCCUUCUGUGUUUACUCACAAGAAAACAUUGAGAAAGCUCGUAUUCCAGCAGAUAAAUAUUGAUGCAUACCAGUCCGAGGAAGAUGGUCUUUACUCGGGUGCAACCGGUUUUCUUGAGCAAUUGGCGGGUGCUGACCAAAACCCAUCCGUUAGUCCCAAUCUUGUGUUUUUGGGCACAUCCAGCAAUGAUUUUAACACCCUGAAGUCUAUUCUGACCUCGCCAGGUAUCAAAGCAAAUAUUCGCGUUCUCCAUCUGAGACGGUGCAAAGAAUGUUACGAUCAGUCAUACUUGAAAAAAUCCGACUGUUCGGAUGAUAUCAUCAAUAAUAAGCUGCCAUCGUUUCGUCAGUUCCUGGCAUGGGCAUUUGGACCCGAAGGCCCCCCUGAACUUCAAGUGGUGGGGCAUUGCGCCUUCGUCUUCAAGCAGCCUAUCAGCGAUGUGUUCUACUUUAAAGAUGCACAACACGAGGAUGGAUAUCGUUACGUAUUUCGGCGUCGCACGCAACUAUUUGAUUUUCUUCGGCAGUAUGCUUAUGCUUUAGAUGCAUGUCGUUGUGAUGACUAUCUUAUGGAUUGA